CUGUCAUUAGUUACACGUAUGUUGUAGUGAGAGUUUUUCUUUUGUUUUUAUACAAAUUCAAAACAUUUUGCUUAGUAUUCUCGACCUGUGUUUAGUGCUAAGUUAAUUCGUCCUCCUUCUACACCUUUUUUCAGUCCAAACGUAAUAAAUAACUAAUUAACAGACUAAUACAAAAGAGAUAGACAAAAGAAAAUCGCGGGGAAAUGCCAACGACAAGAAUGGGUCAUCGGAAUAUCUGUUGUGAUGGCUGUCAAAGACAUAACUUCCAUGGGAGGCGCUUUAAGUGUUUGCGCUGUUUGGAUUACGAUCUCUGUGGAGAUUGCUAUGAUCAGCAAAUUGAGACGCAAGAUCAUAGAGCAGACCAUCCGAUGCAAUUGAUUAUGGCGAAUGAGGAUACGCAGCCCGAUGUGAUGAUCAAUGGAGAUUUGUUGGAGUUAAUACAUUUGCCAAAUUGCUAUACUUGUCCAUAUUGCGGUGUAUUGGGCAACACGGCAAAGCAAUUGAUCGAGCACGUAAUCACCACACAUCGUGCAUCCAACGAGUAUGUGGUGUGCCCUUUAUGUUCCGGUUUGCCAUCGAUCGAAUUGGUGGCCAUACGGAAUCUAGGACGCCAUCUUGUGCUGAAUCACAUAGAACAUGCAAAUAUAUUGGAUCCAAGUACACCACCUUUGCGUUUGGCCAUAGCAAGAUCUUCGCGACGUCAUCACAGGCAACAAGAACAUCAUCAUCAGUAUCAGGAGCAGCUGGAGCAGCCGCAGCCGGAGCCAUACCCACAGCCGCAGCCGGAGCCAUACCCACAGCCGCAGCGACAGCAACAUGAACACGACAUGGAUCUCUUGAAUAUGCAUAACUAUAGCAGUCGCAGUGGCAACAGACGUCGCAGCAGUCGUCACCACAGUGUUAUACAACAGCUUCACGAAUUGAGCCGUCAUCGUCCUGACUUACUUCCAAAUAUGGAAAUGACUGAAGAGGAAUUUAUGAACACCGAUUUUGGGGCAAUAGCCGCCGCCCUAGAGGCCCGAGAUUAUAGUAUUCCUCGACCAGUCAAUCGCGAUGAGGAACCAAUAAUUCCAGCAAUUCCAUUACCUAUCUUAGAGACUCCAACUGAAGUACCAUGUCGUCCUGAUGCUGAUCGCUAUUUGCUAACCCAAUGGAUCAAUAACGAAGAAGAACGUAAUCAACACUCCGAUGAAAUGAAAAGACAAAAGCAACAGCAUGGUCUAUUUGCCGAGCAUAUAUUGCUCUCUAUGAUGGGAUCUGAUGAAUUGAAGCCAUUUCACACCAUGGCGUCACUCUAUGGGGAAGAUCCCUCGAAAAUGACGUCAUUCAAUACAGAUAAACAGGAUGAUUCACCCUCUAAGGCAAUGUCGUUGAUGUCUUUGCCGUGGACCAGAAUCUGGAAGGUUUCCAAAAUCAAUCAAGUCCGAGAAAUCGAAGGGGUCGUCAUCGAUGAGAGUAAAGUCGAAAAAGCGAAAAAAUAUACUCACCAUGAUCGUUAUGAGAAUAAGGAGGAGGAUAUCGAUUAAAAAAAGGAGAAGCAUUUCGCAUAAUUAUCUCUCACGCAGAUCGGAUUUGUUACGCGUUUUAUUCUUAUAUAGCCAAACCCAAAGAAUUAUUUCUUUUUUUUUUAGUAUUUGGUUGAAGUUAAUUUUUUGAGACUAAAUUCGUAUAAAUUAUAUUGUGAAAAUCCA